AUUAUUGUUAAUUUUGUCUUUCUUUAUUAACUUUUGUGAUUUCUUGGUCCAUUGAUGCACACAAAUUCACAAGUCACAAUUUACCAAUAUUUGGCUUGCACAUAUGCAUGUCUGCUCUAGUUUUUGUGAUCUAUUUUAUGUAGGAAUUUUAUUAUGGAGAAGGCUAUUAAUUAUUUCUGUCAUGAACAUCCUUUAUUCCUCAAUAAUCAAUAUGAUGGGGAGGCUUUAGAUUGUGAUGUGUGUGGUAAAGUUGUAACUAAUUCUGAGCCGGUGUAUGCUUGCGAGCAAUCUCUAUGUAAUAGUAGUCGUAGAAGUAGUGUUCGCGUUAUCCUCCAUAAAAGAUGUGGAGAGUUACCUCGUCGAUUACUUUCGGAUCCCUCUCAUCCUGAGCAUCCUCUUCACCUAUUUGAUUAUCGGCAUUUGCCUAUAAGACAUGAAUGUAAUAUUUGUGGUGUCGAAAUAGGUAUAAAGUUAGGAUACAGGUGUCCUAGUUGUGAUUUCGACAUCCAUGUAGAAUGUAGAAAUUCGGGGUUGUUGAAGGAGAGAGUAGAGUUGCAACACCCGAGUCACAUCCAUCCCUUGAUUCUGAUGAGGAAUCAUGAACUUCCGUUUAUGUGUGAUGGUUGCGGUACAAAUGAUGUGGAUAUGGCAUAUAUCUGCAGCACGUGCGAAUAUUGGGUGCACGCAACUUGUGCUUUGUUGCCUAUCCUUCUCUUGCAAGAUCGCCACCAACACCACCACCCGCUUUCUCUAGCCUUUUGUUUCCCAAUGAAGCAUCGCAGAUACCAAUACAAGUGUGUUUAUUGUGAUAAAGAUUUUGACAUGAAAUGUUGGCUCUAUUUCUGUGGUGAUUGCAGAUACUUUGUCCAUCUCAAAUGUGUUGGAUCCACAACAAAACAAGACAUUUUGAGUAUAGAUGAAAGUGAUGUGAUCCAAUUCCCAUUAGCUGACAUUUACAGAAUGUUAAUCACACCUUUAGUAAUGAGAGAGAGAGGCAUUAAUAUCCUUAAUGUGAAUGAGAUGCCAACAACCAUAAAGAUGCCACAAACCACAUCAAGUUAUUCAUAUUUAUUCAAUUAUCACAAACAUCCUUUAAGUUUGGUUUCAGAAGAUAAUGAUGAGGGCAAGUGCAAGUCAUUAGAGGAUGACGAGGAUGAAGAUGAAGAGUUGAAGAUAUGCAAUGUGUGCAUAACACCUAUAUCUUCUCUUCCGUUUUACCAAUGCAAUGCAUGCCAUUAUUUUAUCCACAUGAUUUGCUACUUGUUGCCCAAGACAUUAUCGUCUUCGUCUUCUUCCAUCUCUCAAUAUGUUGAGUGCUCGGAUUCAGAUGAUACAAAUCAUAAGUUCGCAUUGUAUGUAAGUUCUGAAGAAAAUGAUAAGGAUCCGGAAGUGCCUUGGUGCGACCUUUGUGGUAAUCCUACAAAUGGAAUGAUGUAUAGGUGUGGAGAGUGUAGGAUGAUGAUAGAUGUGAAGUGCGCGUCUCUACCAACGACUAUCAAACAUGCAUCUCAUUCUCGUACUCACCCUAACCUCAUCAUGUCUACAUUACCAGAAUAUGAAGAGUGUUAUUGUUGUGCAAAUACCAUUGGAAGAACACUUGGAUAUAUUUGCACCAAAGAUGGUUGUGAAUUUGCAUUGGACUUGAAAUGUGCUCAGCUACCGCUGGUUGUAAGAAAGCCGGAGUGGGAUCACCACUCAUUGCUCUUCACAAGUGAUGCCUCAGCAGACCAUCCCUCUGAUUUCUAUUGCGAGUUUUGUGAAGAAGAAUUGCAUCCCAAGAAACCCAUGUAUCACUGCCGACCAUGCGAUCAGUCUUACCACAUUCGUUGUCUUAAGGCUGAAUCUGGUUUUCACCGGAAUGUCAAAUUCGGGCGUCGAUUUGAGUUGGAUUCUGUUCACCCUCACCCCCUCGCAUACAAUUACAUCACCCUCAAGAAACGUUGUGACAUUUGUCGCAAAAUAGUGUAUAACAACUGUGGAUUUGAAUGUGUAUCAUGUUACUUUGUUGUUUGUGUAACUUGUGGAGAUAAAGCUUUAGCUAAUAAGAUGUAGUCGUGUUGUUUUGGUAAAUUUGUAUCGAAUUUUGAAAUUUAUCGCAUUAUUUUAUUAUCAGAAUGUUA